CAAGAGUUGGCGAAUUCUGAUUUCAUGUUUGUUCAAGUACGGUUUUGAUAUAAAAUAAAAACGGAUGGAAGGAAAUGUAGGAAUAUCCUCUAAGACAUUUUUUGUUGUUAUCAAUUUUAGUUCUUAACAGUUAUAAUGUCACAUAGCUUAAUUGAAUCAAAGAUAAAUCAAGCUGGGCCAAGCCCUGUUAAAUAUGCCCAGUCUAACCUCCGCGAUAAUUGAGGCUAUUUGAUCUUCAAUGGUUAUGAUUUCGCAAAUAUAUUUCGUUUUCUUCUGUGCAAUUGAAAUAACGUCAAAAUACCUAUUUUAAAUCGGAUUUUUUUAGUUAUUUCGGUGAGAGUGCUGUAAGAAGGAAUCUUGUGAAGAAAUAUGUCAUGUUAGUGUUGGUGUGUUUAUCUCCUGAAUAAAUGAUGUUAGGGUCGAAAAGAUUAGUAAAUAUGCAAAGUGAAUUAUUUUCUUGAUAUUAUAAUGAGUGAGAUACAACGCUCAAAGCUGGCUGUACCAGUACCUCCAGUUCAUGCCAGGCCUAAUCCCAGAUUCUGUCAUCAGAGAAAUUUGAGCCUUGAUUUUCGGACUAUGGGCGUAUCAGUACCUGGAGUUAAUCUUGUCGGGAGCUAUCACCAGCGGAACCGAAGUCUUGACUCAGUUCUUCAAAAAAUUCCUGAAGCCGAUGCAACUCCUAGUCCAGAAAUUGAAGCUCAGCCUGUAUCUGAUGAUUCUGGGAUAAUCUGUGGAUCUGAAAGGACUGAAUCAACUUCAACUCACCAUUCUGACGAGAGCCUCAGCGUAGGAGAAGGGGAGAGGGUGCUGACGGAGAGGGAUAUUGCCGAGGAAGAGAUCGGUUCCGGAGAACCGCAGCCGCAGACAGUGAAGCCUAACUCCUCGAACGGCCUACUCUUGAGGUUGUUCGAAUCGACACAUUUCGAUACAUCAAUGGCCAUCAUGUAUCUGUUUAAUUCGAAGGAACCGGGUGUACAAAGCUAUCUAGGUAAUAAGUUAUUUAGUUUUCCGAAUGAAGAAGUCGAUUUCUAUUUACCUCAACUUGUAAAUAUGUACAUUCAAAUGCCUGACGUAGCAGAAGUUAUCCAUCCCUACCUUGUCCAUAGGUGUCGAGAAAGCGUAGAUUUUUCUCUCAAAUGUUCGUGGCUUUUGGACGCCUAUAGUUCUGAUGCAGCCCUCUCUACAAAGAAGAAGUCACAUGGCACUAAGCUUAAGAAUCUUAUUCUUUCGGGAGUAUUAAAACCUAGAGAUAGUGAGCAGGGAUGCAGAAGGAUAUCGAGGGUAAAGGAAGGAACGACUAACAGCCUGCUCCCUUCAUCGCCACCUCCCCAGGGGCAGGUCAAGAGGACGCAUCACAGGUCCCGUUCGGAUGCUUCUGCCAUCAAUUCGCAAUCCUCAGGCAACAAUCGUGUCUGUUUGGGUGAUUUGAAUUCCGGUCGUGGUUUUGACAAUGGCUGUACAUGUUUCGACAGCUGCCAAGGAAAAGUGAAUGAUUUACGAGGAAAACGCACUGUUUGCACUUGCGACGCACCUCGUUUAGAACCAGAGCUUGAGUUUAUCAAGAGCCUAAUCAAUAUCGGUAAGUCUCUAGCGACUGUUACGAGUAAGGAAGCGAGGACGACAAGACUUAUAUCCGAGUUAUCUGCUCUGAACCUCAACCUGCCGGCGAGGGUUUGGAUUCCCUUACAUUCCCACGUUCCUCAUCACAUUGUCAGGAUACCUCCCAAUGCCGCGGCAGUCCUUAACUCUAAAGAUAAGGCCCCGUAUAUAUUGUAUGUCGAAGUUGUGGAAGUUGAUGACAUCGCUUCUUGUCCGCUCGUUUCUAAAAGUAUGAACAGCCUUAGGCAAACGAAAUCUGAAGAGAAUCUUCUUGCCUCUGGAGGCAACAGCCAUCAUGAUGCCGAUGAAGAAUCUUCCUGGUCGCAAGAAGAUGAGGAUAUCUCACAUCAGUAUCUUGAGCUCAAGAAGCCGAUCGAAAGGGACACUCUUUCGCAACUUUCUCAGGAGUCGAGUGACUCUCGGGAGCCACCGCUCUUUGCUCCCGGUGACAUAAGGAGGCGGCUCAGCGAAUCUUUGCACGAUCCUAAGCCUUUUACACACGACCCUAAGGAUCCUUCUGCAGCUGCCCUUAAGGAACCGUGGGAAGAAAAACAGAGAAGGAUCCGUGACAGUUCUCCUUACGGUUACCUGUCGUCUUGGAAACUUCUGUCUGUAAUUGUGAAGUGCGGCGAUGACCUACGACAAGAACUCCUUGCGUCCCAGCUCCUUACUGCGCUGCAGGCGGUGUGGACUUCUGCAGGAGUCCCUCUCUGGCUUCAACCGUACAGGAUAUUAUGCCUGUCGGAAGAUUCGGGCCUUAUUGAACCAAUCCUCAACACCGUAUCACUUCACCAGAUAAAGAAGCACUGUCAACUGUCUUUGUGGGAUUAUUUUAUUCGUGAGUUUGGGCCCCCGAAUUCUGAGGGGUUCCUCACAGCACAGGAUAACUUUGUCAGGUCCUGCGCUGCCUACUGCUUAGUUUCUUAUCUCAUUCAGGUUAAAGACAGGCAUAAUGGCAACAUUCUUCUGAGUAGCGAUGGACACCUUAUUCAUAUAGAUUUCGGUUUCAUUCUGUCAUCGUCGCCGAGGAACCUGGGUUUUGAGACUUCUCCGUUCAAACUGACCCCCGAGUUUGUGGAGAUAAUGGGUGGCCUCUCUUCGGAUAUGUUUGAGUAUUUUAAAAUUUUGAUGCUCAAAGGACUCGUUACCAUUAAGAAAUACCAAGACAGGAUUCUCAGCCUUGUUGAAAUAAUGAGCCUGGGUUGUCAGUUACCAUGCUUCAAGAGCGGCUCUACAGCCGUGACUGCUCUCAAAAGUAGACUGCACAUGAACCUGACCGACGAGCAGAUGCAGCUCCUUGUCGACAGCCUCGUUGAGACCAGCAUACAUUCCAUUAGCACAAAGUUGUACGAUGGUUUUCAGUAUUUCACCAACGGAAUACUGUAGUGUAGUUGGCAAAGUAUCCCUCCAUAGACGUGAGCCUACUUGACUCACGACUUAAGUGCCUUCGAACGCUCAAUAGCGCCCUACAAGAGAAGCCUUCUCAAUCGUCGUAACUCUACAAUGUGGUCUCUAAGUGUAAUAUAACCACCAUUGUUAUCGAUAUAUACAUAUAUAUUUUUCUUUCUUUUUAGUUUUUUUUUUGUUUGUUAUUUUUGCUUGUAAUUAUUACCAAGAUAACAAUUAUGUUGUAUCAUUACAAAAAUGUUUUGGAAUAUUUCACUUUAUAUAAUUUGUGCGAACGUUUACAGGUUUGCUUAAAGGGAUUUAUUUUUUAUCCAUUAC